GAGUGAUAAUUUUACCAUGCUUGGUAAGUGGAGUGCGCUUGCGAACAAGCACGGUGUAACAGAUCCUGAUGCUUAUCCUUAGAAGUCGGGACGCAGAGAUUUGGAAGAUAUGAGGUUGUGAAUAUGUCGACGGUGGGAAUCAAAAGCGGGAAUGAUCAUGGGGCUCCUCACCUAAUCGAGGCUUCUGAUACUCUGGUCCUUGAUCCAGAAACGUAUUGGGUGCAAAAGCUAUUGACUUGCUCGUCAGCCACUCGCGCCUCGAUCAAAAUUGUUGAGCUCCAGGCCAAUGGUACAGCCAGGCUGGUCGCAGCUUUGAUUCUACUCCCACUAUCGCGCGUGCCGACUCCUGUAUUGGCUCAAUUGACCAAUCAACAUGCGUCAGAUAGGAUGGCAACGUAGUUUUACCGUUUGACCAGUGUCGCUCGGCUGCACCGUCGGGUGAGUGGGCUGCGAAGGCUGGUGCGCUGAUGUUUAUCUUUCGGCGCGUCCGAGGUGGGAGGACAAGUGAAGUGACUGAGACCACUCGCCAAGUCCAUAACCAUCCGAACGAGGACCGAGAAAGCGACUUGCGAUGUGGGCCGCUAGGUGAUGAGAGCACACACGACCACUCGGUUCCGGUUGCUUCAUUAAUGACCGGACAAAAACAAUCCAGCUCCAUAUCCAUGUCACAGGAUAUGUCAAGCCCUAAGGCAUCGUCCCUCAUGGCAAAAGGGCCGUUGUCCGACUCGAGAGCCCAAUUGCAAGGCGAGCCCUAACUGAGAGUUCUGCCAACGUCUUCCUUGCAUUUUAUUCCCUGGAUACUCAAAUCUCAUAAUACUAGCACCUAUAGCUCUUGUUAAAGAGAUCACAAGAGCUUUGAAAACACAUCUAAGUGUGACAUUCUCUUUUUCAGGUCCCUCGAGUCCUUCGGUCUGCGAGCCCUGAGGAGUCGGUAACCCGCACAUGUGACGGGAUAUAUGUUUAGACCCGAGGCUUCUGCUUAGCUCAGAGCUCUUGCAUUGGUUACAUAAGUCCUGCACAAUGUCUGCGUCGAUACAAGAAAAUGAGGUUGCCGGAGGAUCGAUCGUGCUUGGCCCGGACUGACUCAGUCGGUAUGACCCCGAUGCCGAUUCACAUGCGAAUUACCUCCACACAGGAUCGCCAGCCAAUACGUCUAAGAAUUGCAAAUCAUCGCGGACUGAUUAUCUUGUCACGAUUCCUGAUAUCCUGAUGGUUCACUUGGCCGGACCCCGGACCGCGGGUGUAGAUUGUCUGCAACUGUGGCCUCAUUUGCAGUAUAUAUCUGAUCUUCGCGCUGUCGACAUGAAGGUUGAUCCUACACUAUAGGACUUCUUAAACUGAAUCCCGGCUUAUAGUUUCACAAUGUCGGUAUCGUCAAACGGCAAGAAAGGCAACAGGGUCGAGUAUCAUUACUGGGACUACAGCUUUGAGUGGACCGACAAGCAUCGGCCCGCUAGCGAGCUUGAGCCUUGGAUUCGAACCUGCGAUACCCUCGCCGACGAGGCCAACGCAGUCAUAGAUGCGUUACCGGCACCGGCUAACGACCCCUCGAAGCGGGAUCGGUAUGCCUUGCUUCGGGAUAACCACGCCAGUGACCCGAAGCUUGAUGAGCUAUGGACGCAAAUCAACACGGUGCCGGAGUGGGUCGACUGGGGGCAGAUUGAACGAGGACAGGAUUUGUUUUGGCGAUAUCUGAUUCCGAUUACGAAUGCACUUACGUUCGUGAGUCUUCUCGGUGGAAUGGGCGCCAUUCGCGUCGGUGAAACCCUAUCAAGAACCGGCGGCUUCGGCGCAAAGGUCGUCCGCCGCCGACUCCUCGAAACCGUCCAACACACGGUGCAGGUCAACAACAGCGCUGCGGCCAUGAAACCAGGUGGCGAGGGCCACAUGGCCUCCGUCCGCGUGCGCCUUCUCCACUCCGCCGUUCGCCGCAAGAUCAUGAGCCUAGUCGAGCAAGACCCGACCUACUACGACGUCGACCGCUACGGCCUGCCCAUCAACGACCUCGACUCCUUUGCGACAAUCAAUACCUUUAGCAGCACAGUAAUCUGGCUCGGACUCCCUCGCCAGGGAGUAUACCUGACUCCGCAGGAAGAAGAAGACUACAUCGCGCUGUGGCGCUUGGUUGGGUACUAUAUGGGUGCCCCGACGGAACCGUUUGAGAGCGCGGCAAAGGCGAAGAUUGUCUCGGAGUCGCUUCUUGUUAAUGAGUUCGAGCCGACGGAUACAGGGCGGAUCCUCGCCAGGAACAUUGCUAUCGGACUGGAGAAUACGGCGCCGAUAUAUGCCUCGCUGGAGUAUAUGGAUGCGUUGACGAGAUUGCUGAACGGCGACCAGCUGUCUGACGAGUUGCAUAUCCCCAAGACGAAUUUGUACUACAAGGUACUCAUGUGGGGAUACUGCUUCUGGGUCCAGGUCCAGGCCAAGACGCUGCCUUUGAUUCCCGCCGUCGAUAGGCAUAUUAUCGAGUCCCGCAAAAAAUUCUUCUGGAAGCACCUAAUGGACGAGAAAGACGGCCUAGGCAAGGAGACCGUCUUUGACUUCAAAUACAUCCCCAGCCUCAAGGGCAAGACCCGUCUCGGAGACCGGAAGAAGUAUCUCUUCAAGAAGCCCGGGGUUGAGGUUCUUUCGUACCUGGGUCUCCUGUCUGCGUUUGCGUCUGCUGCUACUUUUACCACUGGGCUUUACCUCGUCAUUAUCAAGGCUUUCCCGCAGACGCAGGUUUUCUUGCCGACUCUUUUGAAACUUUUCAGGGAACGGUUGGCGGCGCUUCCCGUUGGGAAUGCUUCGUUUUCUCUGCUGCAGUUGGUUCAGGCCUUGCGUGGGAGACUUUCGUUGUAGAUGUCCGCAUUUCAGUUGGAGAAUCAAUACAUAGAAGAUAAAUUGCAUGUCGUGUUCUGCUGUUCCAAACUGACUGUGGCCUGAAAUGUCAGAGAUAUAACCCGAGAUUUCGCUCCUCAAGCGAAAAGGCAAUAAAUAACCAUG